GCUGAUUUUCUAAAGAAAAUGUUUUCAUUGUUUGUUUAUAAUUUUCAUUGAAUUUGUUAAUUGUAAUCAAUUUUUAAUCGUUAUUGAUUGGUGCUUGUUUUAAUACAAUCUAGAGAUAAUCUUUGUGCAACUAUUGGUGAUUGGGCUUGACCGUUAUAAUCAAUAGCCAUGGGAUGUGAUGGAGGAACUAUUCCAAAACGGGAUGAGUUGGUUAAAAAGAAACAAAAACCAGAAGAGAAGGAUAAACAAGCCGACACUGCGGCAAAGUGGAAUUACUGUACAAUCAGUUGUCAACAAUUACGAAAGCCGAUUGUCUCGUGUCCUUUAGGAUUUCUUUAUAAUAAAGAAGCGAUAAUUCGUUAUCUUCUUGAUAAAGAGACAAAAAAUGAAACAGUUUCUCAUAUUCGUGGUCUCAAGGAUGUUAAAGAAUUAAAUCUUACCGAAAAACCAGGUUUCGUUGAAAAGGCCGUUGAAAGUGGACUUUAUAUCCAAGAAUCACAAUACAUUUGCCCUGUUACUACAUUAGAAAUGAAUGGAAAAUAUAAAUUCUGUUACCUUCAAGCUUGUGGAUGUGUCAUUUCCGAAAGAGCCUUGAAAGAGGUAAAAUCAGAGACAUGUCACAAAUGUGGAAAACCUUUCACCGAGGAAGAUAUAAUUAUCAUCAAUGGUACCGAUGCCGAAAUUGCGUCAGCUCGAAUCAAAAUGGAAGAGAAAAGAUUAAAAGAAAAAUCGGAGAAAAAAGGAAAGAAAAGAAAAGCGGUCGCUAUCGAAGAAGAAGGUGAAAGUUCAAAGUUCUCCGUGGAAAAGUCAAUAGCCGAUGGUCAAGCAAGUGGUGCAGGAGUGAAAAGUAUCAAAUCGAAACCGGAUAUGACCAAAACUAAACCAUCAACAUCCGCAAUUCUGUCAGGAAAAAUCAAAGAUGAUUAUUCAGUUGCUAAAGAUGAGACUGCAAGUGAAGCUUACAAAUCAUUAUUCACUUCACAUCCAUCGGCUAAAAAUAAGCCAAAAAUCCCGAUGUACAAUUGUAGUUAAUUCAAUUAAUUGAAUUUACUAUUAAAUGUAAAUAAUCAAAAAUUGUACACACAAAAUAUUGACACUUGCUGAUUGAAUAUCUUUUAAUUAACUUGCAAAUUGAUAAUUGUGACUCUUUUUCUCUCUAAUCAAACCUGUAUCAUUUCAAACGUAAUCACAAAUUGUAAUAUAAAACUAAUCUAAUAACAAAAGUCAAUAAUUACAAUUAUCAA